UUGGCUCCAGAGUUGGGUGCGAGCCCGUGGGCGGGCUCGUGGAAAUCUCCAAUGGUGUAUGCCCGAGAGGAUGUGGAAAGUGUGCUGGCUGCUCGUGGUUGGAGGGAGAUCAGGCAGAUAGGGGAAGGCUCAUUCGCCAAGGCUCUGCUUGUAGAGGCAGCGGAUGGCACCCAGGCCGUUUGCAAGGUGAUGGACAUUAGUGAGGCAUCCAGAAAAGAGGCUGAAGAUGCCGCGAAGGAAGGCAGAUUGCUAGCAUCCUUGCAACAUCCCUUCGUCGUGCGGUACCGUGACAGCUUUUGCGAGGCUGGCGUGUUGUGCCUCAUCAUGGACUUUUGUGAAGGCGGCGAGCUUGCCAAGCAGAUUCGCAGAGCCAGGCGAAACCAUCAGAGGAUCCCGGAAGAGCAGAUACUCCGAUGGUUUACGCAGGCUAUGCUGUCGCUGAAGUAUAUCCAUGACAAGCACAUCCUUCACAGGGACCUAAAGCCAGCAAAUUUCUUCCUCACGAAGACCGGGUCUCUGAAAAUGGGUGAUUUUGGAAUUGCCAAAACCAUGGCUUGUACGAUAGCCUUUGCAAAGACAAGAAUUGGUACUCCCUACUAUCUUAGUCCAGAAGUUUGCCAGGAGAAGCCAUAUGCUUGGGCAUCUGACAUGUGGUCGAUGGGUUGCAUCCUGUAUGAGAUGUGUGCUUUGCAAGUCCCUUUCGAUGCGCACAGCAUUUCGGGCCUUGUGCAGAAGAUCUGCUAUGGCCCCUUGCCGACUGUGCCAGACUGCUACUCUGACUUUCUGCGACGGCUUUGCCGGCAGCUCCUCGACCGGGAUCCCAAGAAGAGACCCUCGGCCGAUGAGGUGCUCCAGCUGCCAGAGAUUCAGAAGGUCGUGCGCCAGAUGCUUGAAGAAGUGCGAUCUCUCCAACGUGAGGACAGGCGAGCAAAGACCUCUGCCACGGCGGGCGCCUACAGGAAAGAUGAUGUGGUUGAAUACUACUCAGUCACACAUGGCGAGUGGCUCCCAGCCACCAUCGUAGAUGCGGACUCGAUGGGCCGAGUCAUGAUCGAUCUGCGGCCAGGGGUUUGGCUUUCGCCUGAGGUUCAAGCCUCCAAGAUUCGACCGCGGGAAGGAAGCUCGAGCGAUGAAAGCUCUGGAAGUCAGGAAGAAUGGAGGCAACCAGGCAAGGUCUCGGACGAGGAUGCCUCAAAAGCUGUUCCAGCAGUUGACUCAGUGCCCGAGCCACUCCCGCCACGGGUUGAGCGGAGGAAGGCACCAUUGCGCCUUCGAGACUCACCACGCCCACCAGAGGAACCGCGGCCACUGCGUGCAAUUGAAGUGCCCGGUGCCAACUACGAUCAGCUGGACCGCCUGCUUGGGGAAAAGGCUGUGCGGCCGGUAGUGUGGCGCAGUCCAUCGGCCGGUGCCAUCGACCGCCAGCCAGGUCCAAUCAGGCGGGCACCCUCUGCAAGUGGCUUAGCGAGCCGUGGGCGACGGCCUGCUGCCCUUGUGCCGCUGGACAAUCCGCCCAGCAGUCGAGCACCUUCGUCGGAUAGCUGCCGGGCAGGCACUCCACCAACGCGGCCUGGUUCUGGAGAUGGAGAGAAGGACUCUCUGUCUACACCGAAUGCACCAGGCUCGCGCCGCAGGACACCAAUGGGAGUCAAGUCUCGCGCCCAUUGCCUUGCUGCAGCCGCGCGCGCGGCUGGGCGAGUGAUCGCUGGAGCUUGAGUUCGCACUCCGAAGACUUGAGUGACUUUAAUCUGUGAGAUGGUUCUCGGGCCCUGGGAAUUCGCUCCGUGCCUUUAUUGUUGCGAGCUUUGGCCUCGCAUCAUUGGCACUUGGUGCCAAUGGGGAUGCAUGGCCAGAAAGUGCUCAGCAUUGGAACCAUUUCUAUUGGCAGUUUUCUCUUAGCUGCUGCCUGCUGUUGCAUUUCUGGAGAGCGGACAAUUUGCCCAUGGCAAUUGUGCAAGUUGCAUUGGAGGUGGCGAGGGUAUGCAAUGAAUGGCUGA